GACUUUCCGAAGUCUUGUAGUCUUUUUCCACCAUGAUUGUUUGAAUUGUUUUGGAGUUAAAGGAAAUAAUUCUCAUUUGCAUUUAUGGCUGAAAGUCGUAAGAAAGAAAAAGAAACAUUAUAGUGUUUUCUUCUGCACCUCCAAGAAUAUCGAAAAACGUGUUUACCAUAGAUUCCCGAAUCAUUAAAAAAUUAGAAGAGAGUGGACAACAUGCAACAUAAUCGAAAAAAUUACGACAAGCACUUAUUUUGGACAACUACUUGGGGUACUUGGGUACCUCUCAAUGGUUCCAGCUUUGUCCGCUUAAGAGGACGUUUCAGUCGUUUAACAUGCCGAAUUGAAAUUGGAAUUUGGAAGUAUUGGAACGCUAUCGGCAGCAUAAUUGAACAUGAUUUUGUAAUGACAAGCCCCCGUUAAAAAUCCUCCAUUACGUCACGUUUACACCGCAUGAAGAAGUCACAUUUUCGACGUGUCAUGCUUGCUGUGCAUUAAUUUCAGGAAUAUUCUCAACUCAGUUUGUGAGUUCUGUCGACGGUGUUCUGCAUUAACUGGGCAGUUAUCUCUGGAUAUCAGGUCUCUAAUAGUCAAGUAGUUAUAGUAUUAACUGCAACAAGAACAAUUACUCCAACUGUAUACUGCAAGCAAAUGUGAAGAUGACACUUCCAGCAAAACACAUUCUUCAUAGUGGAAUUUUUCAUGAAGUCCUACGAAAGUGGCAGUCGCCAAAUAUUGAGAUCACCGUUAACAAUCUUAUGUAUCCGAUAUUUGUUUUGGAUGAAGAAAAUGCUGAAGAUUCAAUUAACAGUAUGCCUGGGGUAUGUCGCUAUGGGAUUAAUCAGUUGGAAAAGAUGCUGCAACCAUUGGUAACAAAAGGUUUACAGUCUGUCUUAUUAUUUGGCGUAUUACAGCAUCUAGAAAAGGAUGAGAUUGGUAGCAAUGCUGAUAGUGCAAGGAAUCCUAUUAUUCAAGCUAUACCAUUAUUACGAGAAAAGUUUCCUAAUUUACUAAUAGCAUGCGACGUUUGCUUAUGUCCAUAUACAAAUCAUGGACACUGCGGUAUUCUCAAUAAUGAUGGUAGCAUAAAUAAUGCAAGCAGUAUCCAACGGAUCGCUGAAGUUGCUGUGUCAUACGCGAAAGCUGGCGCGCAAAUUGUUGCACCAUCCGACAUGAUGGAUGGCAGGAUAAGUGCGAUAAAGCAUGGCUUAUCUGCUGCUGGAUUUUCAAAUAAAGUAGCAGUUCUGUCGUACGCUGUAAAGUUUGCAUCAGGCCUCUAUGGGCCUUUCCGGGACGCGUCCCAGGCUGCACCAAAAUUUGGCGAUCGCAAGUGCUAUCAGCUGCCUCCUGGUAGUAACGGAUUGGCAGUCAGAGCUGCUGCAAGAGAUGUGGCUGAAGGAGCGGAUUUGCUGAUGGUGAAACCAGGGUUACCUUAUUUAGAUGUAGUGCGACAUACGAAGGAUGCCCAUCCAGAAUAUCCUUUAUUUGUGUAUCAAGUAUCGGGAGAAUACGCUAUGUUGUAUCACGGUGCACAAAACGGUGCGAUCAACUUAGAGAAUGUACUCAACGAGAUAUUGCUCUCUAUGAGAAGAGCGGGCGCUGAUUGUAUCAUAACGUACUUUACACCGUUAAUUUUGGAUAUGCUGCAGUCGAAAAGCAAGUUAUAAUUAGAUAUAAUUAGAAAUUAGCACAAAAUAAGAAAACAAAUUGUUGAAUAAAAACAAAAACAAUUUACAAGGAAACGUAAAACACGUUAUAUGCAAUAAUUCGAGCUACGGAGAGCCACUGUAAUUGUGUCACAAGAAACAAACAAUUUCUAAUUAAUAUUAACAUAUUAAUAAAAAAUAUAACUACUACUAUA